UUCUGAUGGCACACGCUCUGAAGCGGAUAUCGUACGCCACCUGCGACCCGGACUACGGGCAGUUUGCCUUUCUGGCCCGCAACCCAAAAGGUCCUGUCGGAGUUCAGUACUGUCAUGUUUUCAUCACGCAAGAAGAUUACGAGGCAGAAGAGAUCAAUGCCAUUAUUAGCAAAGCCUUCAAGGUGGCCUAUGCCAGCAUCCGUAGCAAGAAACAGUUCUACGAGCUGGUGGACGAACUCAAUCGCGAACAGGAGGAGUAUUUCACGCAGAUCACCCGUCUGGCCGAGGAAGAGGAGCUCAAAGCGAGGCGGCCAGAAGCGCUCAUGGCAAACCAGCCGGUGCUGUCGUCGGAGAGGGUGCGGGGUUUCUCUGUUGGACAGAGUAAAGUUUGGAUUGCAUACCGAAAGAACUCAGGGGCGAAGCAGCAAGCCGGCAAGAUACAACACAAGCAGCCCCACCUCAUCGCUGCCAUGGAAGCUCCGCCCACAUUACCAACACAGCCCUGUGAUUUGUCCAGAGGGCCACUCCCACCCGUACCAUCGUCCAAUAAAAGAGGAUCGCUUGGCAGUCGACUCUCGGAGCCAACGGGGGACCCCUCUAUGAGGGAUAGCUGGGUCAUUGUUGAUCCUGACAGUGAAGUCGACCCUGAUGGAAGGCCUAUGUCACCAUCAGCGCCCCCUCUCUCACCAAAAGAUGCAUACGGGAACCAAGAACCUGUUGCCAAGCAAACACAGAAAAGCAGACCGCUGCCUCCAGCGCCAUACUACGAAGUUGACUUCUACAAUGAAUGGAGCUUACAAAGUGCGCUGGGACGCAACUCUGCACUUUCAGUUGUCUCUGAAACGGACAGUAACUCUUCUUGCCAAAUCUUGCUCCAAGAUGAGCACCCGCCUCCCGCGUUACUCGCGGGUAUAGCGCCACCUGCACCUGGUCCACAUUCCACGGGACAGAUUCUUCUACAAGACUCGAGCGUUCCGCCACCGUUUGUGUACGGUGGUAAGUCGGGAAGUGAGAAUUCGUUUGAUGAUAUGGCCAUGGACGAUGCGUAUGCCUUCGAUAACUACAAGAUGGAUUUCUCCGGGAGGGAGAGUGUGAUUAGUGCCGGAAGCUUUGAUGAGGAGGCCAACUUUCGCUACCAGCUUAAGUGUGCGGAACAAUUCAUAAAUGCUGUGUACGAUGUGGACUCAACUGAGGAGGACUUUGCGCGACCGAAGUUGAGCUUCCGGGAUAAGCUGAAGCGGAAGGAUCAUAGCGAAGGGCAGAAGGAGAAUGGACACCGGCAUGAUGAUGGUGAUAGUGCCCUUGGAGAUGAUGAAGCGGAAAGGAGAGGGAACAUAAGUCAUAUGAGUGAUGACAGUGGACAGAGCAUUCAAAAUGGACAUGCCUUUAAGAUGACUGGUAAUGAUACUGAGGAUGAUGGUAGAGAGCGAUGUCGCGCAGAUUAUGCCGUUCCUAGAACUCCGGCUAAAGCAGCCAUUCCAGUGGAGCCAAGUGCACCACCAAGGCCGCCACCUCCUCCAACUUCGCAGGAAGAAGGACCGAGCGAGCGAAAGAGACCUAUGCCAGCACCAAGGCGGAAAUCCCCUGAAAUAAUACUCACGCCACCAUCCACUUCCAGCCUCUUAACAGUCGAUAUUCCAGGAAUGGAUGAAGAUCGUCCCAUGCCGAAGCCGCGUGUCCCAAGGCGACCUAGUGCAGAUUCCGAUGUGAUUUUGAAUGGAGGUGCGUCGAUAGUCGCUGCAGUAUCCCCAAUGACGCAGCCUUCAGGUGAAGGAUUAUCCAGGAGCAGCUCAAGGUCAAAUGUCAUUGACCAGACCCCUUCAUCCAAUGCUGCAAUGGCUUCCAGUCAAAGACUUCCUCAAUCGCAGCAAUCAACGAUGCAGAUUGGUCAACCCAAUGGCUCACCGCACCCAAAGGGUGCAUCAUCGAGGUACCCUGACACUAACUCCUCAAACAACCCUAGAACGCGACUUGAUGAAGAGAGAGCGAAUUCCAUCGUUGAUACAACCUACUCAGGGACACCAGGAUCUCCGGACAAAAGGUCACUGAGGUCGCCAGGUCACGUGGGUCACAAGGUGGAAGUAGAGAUUGGACAGUUCCGCUGCAAGAAGGUUCCACUCAGAGGAGGACCUCCGCCUCUCCCUCCAAGAUCAACAUCACUCACUGAGGUACCUGAUGAUGAUGAUGAUGAAGAUGAUGAUGAAGGAGGCACGGCACCAACAAAGGGCGUGGUAGCACCAUGGUUCAAAGCAGGCAUUCCAAAGGAGAUAGCGUUUGAGAUCCUCCAUCAACAGGAGAAAGGAGCGUUCAUUGUGCGGGAGAGUAAGAGUCAUCCAGGGAGCUAUGCUCUCUCAAUGAAGGUGGAUACCAACUUCAACGAGUCCAGUCUGGCCAACUAUCUCUUGGUCAGGACUAAGAAUGGAGGUUACACAAUUAAGGGUUUUGGACGGGAUUUCCCUGACCUACCCCGACUGGUCCACUACUACACGCUGCAUCAAGAUCAGCUACCGUGCAAGCUUGUCAUCUCUGGGACCAACCCUCUCUUCAAAUUAGACGCCAAGGAUGAGAUGUCCGACUCCGACGAUGAAGAGGAUCCAGACUACCGCCGCGUCACUGACUACAAAGUCAUGCUGGAGGGGGCACAUUAAUUCCUGAAGUUACUGCUCAGAGGUGUAUUUUCUUGUCUAAGACCAACCCUUUUUUUUUUAAUUGGAUGAGAUAUCAGACUUUAAUGACGAGGAGGAUCCAGACUACCGCCAUGCCACUGACUACAAAGUCAUGCUGGAGGGGGCACAUUAAUCCUCGAAGGUGCUUCCUAAAGGUGUUUUCUCUUGUCCAAGACCAACACUUUUUUUUAAAGUGGAUGAGAUAUCAGACUUUGAUGAUCUGGAUCCCAUCUGCCGUCAACAAAAGCUAAGCCAGUGGGCACUCUCGAUGAUUUUUAUUUUUCUAGAGACAUCAGAUGUAAGAUUUCUCUGAAUAUUAAAGCAGUAUUGAUUUAGGGUAUUUGUAUAGUGCACAUAUCCACCUUGCUAGGUGCUCAAGGCGCUCCUAUAUUACCAUGGCUAAGCUACAUGUAGUCUACCGAUUCCGAUGCUCACAGCUUUUUUAGGAAUUCCUUCCUUCCUGCUGGUACCCAUUUACCUCACCUGGGUUGCGUUGCAGCACAUUGUGGAUCAUCUUACUGAAGGAGAUGACGCCAUGGCUGGGAUUCAAACCCAUGGUCCUCUGUUUUCAAAAUCUUGAGACUAAUCCACUGGGCCACAAUACCUCAUGACCAACACAUUUUCAGAUUAGGCCAUAAGAAUACAAUGUCAACUCUAUGAUGGAAGCAACUCUGGCUACACAGCAAACUAGAGGGCGCUUUUUAAGAUUUCUGGUGUUCCAAGGUUACUGACUUCUUACACUAGUGACCAAUACUCUCUUCAAAUUUCAUGCUACGCAAAGACAAAGUUGACAUACAGGACCAUGAUCACCACAGCAGCAUUGAUUACAAUUUAUCUCAAGAGGGCGCUUUGUAAGGUUACGGCUACGCUAGAAGAAAUUCAAUAAGAUAUCAUUUUGCCUUCCUGAGACCAAGUCUAGCUUUAAUGGUCAGACAUGCAAUAAUAUAUGAUUUUUUUCUUAUGUACAUGUAUACUCAAGAUUUUGACUUUUAAUGCAAACCAAACAACAAUAAGAGGUACCUCCAUGAUUCUGUGAAGUUUUUAGACAAGACACAAUUAUGAAUACAACAGGAGCAAAGGGAUAAACAUCCCCAUUGCCUCCAUGUUACAAGAUACUGAAUUUUUCUAGAGGGUGCAGAAUAAGAUUCCAGUCAUGAAGAAGGCAUUUAAUAAGAUAUACAAGAGAUACAGGUGUAGUUUUGAUUAUCUCCUAGAUUUUCAGAUUUUUCAACAACACAGUGGUUUUUUGACUACAUGUAAAACAAUUACAAUAGAGGGGCUUUCCUGACCUACAUGAAGGCUACCACUAAGCUCACAUACAGUACAUGGGGGAUUAUGGCCUUGAAGCUGGCUUGGAUGUUUUGGGUCACUUAGUCAUUCUUCCAGAUAUCUACACUCAGUGAAUAGCAAUAAAGGAGACAAGAUCAGUUGGAUCAGUUGUUCCAUUAAAGUGCAGAAAAUCAUUUUUUAUAAGUCUUCCUGUCAAAUGAAAAAAAAUUCCUUUUUUAUAGCCACUCUUGAAGUUUUCUUUGAAAAUGUUUUAUGGUAAACCUUUUUUAAAUGAGUGUGUACAAUAAAUUGGCUGUUUGUAUGAUUUACCCAUCAACAUUUUGUUGUGGUAGUUUCCUGUCUGCUUUUUAAGAUAUAUUGUAUGGAUUUCUAAAAGAGAGUUUGAAAUCAGUUUCCAUGUACAGAAAUGUAAUUAACUGACAUCAGUUUUGAUGUAAACUCGUUAAUGGAGUACAAAAAAAAACAUGUGAAUAAAAUGAAGGGAUACAUGUAGCUUAUAUUGAAUUAAAAAAAGACUUUGUCAUGUUCACUAUAUAAAUGCAGAACCAGUAUUGGACUAAAACAGUCACUUGAAACCCACCUAAUGUUGAUUCGAUGAAAGGUAUUAGCAUUUGACAUUGAAAACGUUAAACUGAAUUUGUAUUUGAAUGAUAAAUCCAAGACAUGUGUUUGCAGCUUACAUCAUUGGUAAUUGAAAUUAAAUAGAUAUUUAAGUUGAAAAUAUGUGAGGAUUUUGUUUUUAUCUUCUGUGACAGAUUUCUAUAAUAUUGGACUGUUCAUUACUAAACUGCAGUUUGAUUUCACAAUAAAGCUUCUUCCAUGUUGGUGAACCAUUUAAAUGAAAAUUCUAUUUAAUUUGAAUUUCAUCCAGUUAACAGUUGGACAGCUCUGUAUUUUCAUUUUUUUUUCUUGAAUAUACCAUGCAAUGGGAUUUUAUCACUCAAAAUGUUUAAUUUGUUUUGUUCUACUUUGAGAGUGUUUCAUAGUUUUAUACUUUCCUUGACUUAUUGCAUUUUAAAAAUUAUUCAUUUCACUAUUUUACCGGUAGUCAUCUUGGCAAAUUCUAAAUUUGCAAACAAACGUUAAAUGUCACUGCAUAUUUGUGUAAUAAUUUGGGCAACAAGAAAAUGUUGCAGUCAUAAUUACUUUUUAUUGUUUGUGAUACUUCUUCUUUGCAUAAUUGAAAUCAUGUAAAUGUAUACAUGUAAAUGAAUAUACUAGAGUUAUAGUUUGUUUUUAUUUUAUAUGAAGAGCUGGUCUUUUCUUUUCAUUAUUGUCUUAAUUUGUACUGUUUUUGUUUUGUAUGAGAUUUUAUGUUAUUGUAAUUUUGUUUUUGUUUACUGCAGUAUAUUUUUCUUUGACUUUUUUUAAUGUACAUCACCAGAAACAGUCUGUAAUUGUAAAAAUAAAAUGUGCUGGAAGUAAAGGUUAUGUGCUACUGAAAAUUUAAUAAAAGCAGUUGAAAUUGGAAACUGUGGAUAUGUGACAGUAUUUGAUACAUAGAAAACUUGUGCUGUAAACACAUAUGGCUUUAUAUAUUCACAAAUUGAAUUGAUUCUCUAUGACUAAUUUCAGACGUUGAAAUACGUGCAAAAAUAAAGGUGCUCAAUUAUGGACGUUAAACCAGUAUGAUUGUUGCCAAUUUGAAGGAUAACAUUAUCAUGUUUGUUGUUGGCGAAUAAAAUAAUUUAAUUGAAUAAUGGCUCAGUUUGAACAACAUGUAGACAGCAAAGGAGUAUUUCAUCAAACAUAAUUAGUGAUUUUCACUUUUUGUUAUAAGCUACUGAAAUCCUUGUAUCUGAUUGGCUCAGAGCAAAUUUGUUUGUGAAAAAUCACUGACAAGGUGUUUCAUGAAGCACUCCCUGAUUGUGAACAGAUCAAAUUAUUACACGAUGUGAAGUAGCCUGAAAUUGAGCAAAUAGAAUUUGUUGGUUUUGGGGCGGGAUCAUAGCAUUAUUUCUUAUGAAUAUGUCUUUUUUAAAAAUCAUUAAAUAAAUGUUAAACUACAAGAUGUGCUAAACAUUUAAUCUUUAAUUAGUAAAUCUUGCAGAAUGUGGCAAUCACAUAAAGAGAGGAAGAUAUUGCAUAGUUGUAAUAUAUAGCAAAGUUGCAUUGUGCAUAGGAAAAUUGCAUAAGGAAAGAAAGUAAAAUUACACAAUGCAACGGUUUCUAAUUUCAUAGUAAUGUAAAAUUCUAAUUACAUAGGGUUCAAGUAAAAUUGUGUAUAAAAGAAAUAUGGGAUUGGACAGGGCAAAAAAGAAAGUGGGUGUGACAAAUGUGAAAUUAAUUAGGCAAAUUUGAUAUAAGGGGAAGAUUAAAUUGAAUAAGAAAAAUAUGAAAAAGUAAAAUUGCAUAAGACAAAGGUAAUCAGAAGAACUUACUCUAUAGUUUCUUUUUUUAGGCCUAUUUGAAUUAAAUUUAUUCAUUAGGUCAAUGAUAUUUCACAGUCCAAGUACAUGUAGAUCCAAUUUAAAGCAAGGUUGGCUGGAAUUGAUAAUAUCCCUAUUUGAAUUGGCAAUUGCUAUGUUAUUGUUCUGCAUUGGAUGUUUGGAUUAGGAAGCAUCAGUUUGUCAAAGAACCUAUGAAAGUUAUAGCGCCAUCUCAAGUUCAAUCUAAGACAAUGUAAUGUACCACAUUUCCUCGACUGAAAUUUAACUCUGCAAAAUAAUACAAAAUUGUAUGCAAAUCUUGGUGCCUACGCAGUCCUACUUCUUCAGCAAUAUUUGGUUUUUUUUAAGGUAAUUAACCGAGCAAUAUGUCAUUUUAUUGAAUAACAACAUCUGUUGAAGUGCCCUCAUUUGACCAAUGUGAAUGCAUUAUUGUAUCUUUUGUACCUAAAUGACAAGUUCAUAAGAUAAUGAUGAUAUAAUACUUCUUCUUGUUCUUCUUCCUGAACCUGUGACCAUAUUUUUCGUAUUUGAAAGUGAAUUUUGUAAAGUAAAUGUAUUUGUAUAUACUGGAAAAACACUAUUAUAUAUUAAAAUCAUGCAUUUUUCAAUGUACAUUUAGAAGUACUCUAUGCUACUGUGUAAAUAUAUCAUAGUGGUACAAGAUUAUGAAACCAUUGAGACUCAUUUAAACAUGGCGCAAUGAAGCUGAACGACAUUUUUUUUGUACAAUGUGAAUGGGGUUUGAGGCCCCCCCAAAAAAAAGAUGGUAGGAGAGGCAAGGUAGUGUUUUACAAAUCAACCCCCCAAAAAAUCUUCAGUCCAAUUGAAUUCUUGUAGAAAAUUUAAUUCAAUAAGAUAGUUCUAUAUUUGUGGAGAUAUUUUCAGACAUCGUUAUGAAGGGAGUCAUGAUUUAAUGUAUUUUUGAGGUAGGAGUGAUCAGUAACUACCAUAGGCAGGAUUUUGUGAGAUUUUGGUUCCUUUUGGGGGGAGGGGGACUAUUCCCCCAUCCCCUUCGGAUUCAUCGUCUACUGAUUGAUGAUUGUCUGAUUUUUAAAAAUUUUCUUACAAGUUUCAUUUUCUCUUUUGAAAUACAGUGCUUAUGAACCGCAGAUAAGCUCUCCGAACUUUUUUUUUCCAAGUCUGGUCAGCAAUCGUCAUGGAUUGCACCAAUGAAAAUGCAGUCUCUUAUCUGCCAGUGUAAAAGAUUAUUUGAUGAGGCCAAAAUGUCAAAAAGUAAAAGAAAUUGAAAAUGUUAUUAAUUACAAACUAACAAACAAUGAUGGCAUGGCAUAGGCAAUCAACUCACAAGCAUAUAGAUAAAAUAAAAGUGAUUGCUACAAAGUCUGUGAGAGUAAACAUAAUUACAAAUGUAUUAAUCUCGUCACGGAAUGUUGUACAUGUGGAACAUGUACAUGUAGGGUGCAAAUGCUGGUAUAGGAUUUAUUAUAAACAUCUGUAAUUUCUUCAUGUAAAUAUACCUUUUUGUGUAAUUUUUGGACAAUUUGUAUAAGGUAUUUGUAGAAAUUACACUUAUGGAGACAAUAGAAAAAAUAACUUUAUUCUUUUUCUUCACAUCCUCGUACUUCCAUCAUGUCCUUGUAUGAACUUUGGAACAAUUUUGUGGAAAUAAAUUGUAUUUUCUCGUAGAAAACUUGA